AUGGCCGAGGACAAAAAUAACAUUCCCAAAGGCCCGGUCGAGGCUGUUGAACCUGUUGAGGCCUAUUCCGGUUCCGAUGCUGGGUCUCCAGGGCUCGCGGCGAAGAACGAUGUCGUGACAGAGAAGGAUGCCAAACCGGGCCGCACCCUUCACUUUGUCACAAAGCGCGACAUUGACGAUACCACGGUGUGGUACAACCAGCACAAGCCCUCCGCCCGUGCCCUUGAGCCUCACGAGGUCAACAAGGUGACGCGGAAAAACUUCUGGUUCCUGCUCACGCAGACGUGGUGGGUUGCAUUCCUGAUCCAUCUCGACAAGUCGACGCUUUCCCAGGCCAGCACCAUGGGCAUCUUCGAAGACGUCAACAUCACCAAGAACCAGUUCAACCACCUGUUUGUCAUCUUCUUUGCCGGUUACCUGAUUGCACUCUGGCCAGGCGCUGCCAUCGCCCAGCGCGUCGGUCAAAAGCAGUUCAUCGUUGGUUCCCUGACCCUCUGGGCCCUGCUUCUGGGGCUGCACCCGCUCGCCAAGAACUACCCCCAGAUGAUUGCCCUCCGAUUUCUUCUUGGCAUGACCGAGUCACAAAUUGUCCCAUCGACGACUGUUCUGCAUCAGGCCUUCUUCCCGCCCAAAAAGAGUCCGUGGGUUCAGCUGCUGUGGUGGGCAUCGGGCAGUUUUGCCAAUGUCCUCCUCACCAUGGUCUCAUACAAGCUCAUCCUCGACGAUAACCACCAUUCGCUUGUCGGCAACCUCAGCUCGUGGAAGUGGAUGCACAUCAUUUGUGUCAUCCUCACCUUUAUCGUCGUCAUCCCCCUCGCCAUCUUCCUGCCCAACUCGCCGGUCGAAGCUAAAUGGCUGACGGUGGAUGAAAAGAUACAUACAAUCGAUGCCAUUCGUGCCACGCAUGCCGGUAUUAGCAACAAGAACUUCAAAUGGUCACAGGUCCGCGAGUGCUUCACCGACCCCAAAAGCUGGCUGUUCAUUUUUCACAUGUUCUUCAAUGAGCUGCCCAACAACACUUCCCAGCAGCUUCCCCUCAUCCUCGUUGGAUUCGGAUUCACACCGGCGCAGAGUGCCCUGUUCAACAUCGCCAAGCCGCUCUGGGGCUCGUUCCUGAUCGUUGUGUCGGCAGGGAUGCUGUUCUGGACAGAGUUGGGCGUGGGCUACACCUGUGCCAUUUCAUACAUCCCCUGCUUUGUUGGCGGCUUAAUCAUGCUGACGGCCCCGUGGUCUAACAAGGUCGCUCUGGUGGUCGGCACGCAGAUUUCGACCUUCAAGCCGUCGUACCUGCUGGGUCUUUCGUGGGCCGGCACGACAACGAUUGGCUACACAAAGAAACUCUAUGUCAUGUCGACCUGCAUCGUAGCCGCCUCAGUGGCAAACAUGAUUUCUCCAGAAUUUUGGCAGUCCAAGUACAAGCCCCGCUACAUCAUGCCUUGGGCAUUUAUGACGGCGUUUUGGUUCAUUUCGCCCAUCAUGUGUAUCAUUAUUCGAUUUUACCUGCAGCACGAGAACAAGAAGCGCGCUGCAAUUCUUGCAGAGCGAGGUACCGACAGUGACAAUGACGUUCUUGAGGUCGGCAGCGAGGUUAUGCACCUCAAGGACGAUGAUCUCGACCUAACAGAUCGCCAAAACCUGCGCUUUGUAUACCCUCUGUAG